AGUGCUCAUAUGUUUUUCGUUUUAUAUAAUGCCUUAGCCAUUGUUGCCAAAAUACAACGAAGUAAAAAGCCAGCAGUCGCCCGAAUGGUUGAAUGAACUUUUCGGCCACAUGCUACUUUGGGCCAUGGGAUAGGUCAGGAGGAAGAAGUUGGGGGGCAGCACCUGUGGAAGAUGGCCGAUUGUACAACGGCCAAUUAUGGCGAAGAAAAUUCGGAAGAGACUGGAUGUGCAAUAGUGUAAUCCGGAGAGUUACAAGCUGGCAUUUCACCAUAUUGCCAAAAACAAUAAGCCGAAAUCAGAGGCAAAUUUCUCCAUCCUAUAAAGUCAAGGCCCUGGGAGUAUAAACAUGUCGGGAAGAAUCCGUGGUCUGCUGGCAGUGAGUGCCGUGCUCAGUCUGGCAACGGGAUCUGGAUAUGCCACCAAGCCGAAUAUAGUGAUAAUAAUGAUAGAUGAUAUGGGGAUGAACGAUGUGAGUUUUCACGGCUCGAAUCAGAUUCUCACACCCAACAUCGAUGCCCUGGCCUACAAUGGAAUUCUGCUCAACAAGCACUAUGUUCCCAAUUUGUGCACGCCAUCCAGGUCCACCCUGUUGACCGGAAAAUAUCCCAUACACACAGGAAUGCAGCACUUUGUUAUUAUAACCGACGAGCCCUGGAGUCUGCCCAAGCGAGAGCGCCUGAUGCCGGAAUUUUUCCGGGAGGCGGGCUAUUCCACCCACUUGGUGGGAAAGUGGCACCUGGGCUUCUGGCGAAAGGACCUCACUCCCACAAUGCGCGGAUUCGACCAUCACUUUGGUUAUUACAACGGGUACAUCGACUACUACGACCACCAGCUCCGAAUGCUCGACCGGAACUACUCGGCAGGACUGGACCUCCGAAGGGAUCUUGAGCCCUGUCCCGAGGCACAUGGAACCUACGCCACGGAGGCCUUCACCGCCGAAGCAAAAAGGAUCAUUGAGAAGCACGACAAGAGGAAGCCGUUGUUCAUGGUGCUCAGUCAUUUGGCAGUGCACACGGGCAACGAGGACAAUCCUAUGCAGGCUCCCGAGGAGGAGGUGGCCAAAUUUGUCCACAUCAAGGAUCCCAAGCGACGCACUUACGCUGGCAUGAUAUCCAGUCUGGAUAAGAGCGUGGGUCAGACGAUUGGUGCUUUGAAGGACAAUGGCAUGCUGAAUAACACCAUUAUUUUACUCUUCUCGGACAAUGGAGCUCCCACUGUCGGGAUACACUCCAACGCUGGAUCUAACUAUCCAUAUCGAGGUCAAAAGGAAUCCCCCUGGGAGGGUGGCAUUCGAUCGGCUGGAGCCCUGUGGAGUCCGCUGCUAAAGGAGCAAGGUUAUGUGUCCAACCAGGCCAUCCAUGCCGUAGAUUGGCUGCCCACAUUGGCUGGCGCUGCCGGAGUAUCUCUGCCACAGGACCUUCAGCUGGACGGGAUUAAUCUCUGGCCGGCGCUGAGUGCCAAUCAGAAACCGAAGCCCAGAACGAUGGUUCACGUUCUGGAUGAAGUUUUCGGUUACUCUUCGUACAUGAGAGAUAAUCUUAAGUACGUAAACGGAAGCAGCUUUGGGGGAAAAUACGACCAGUGGCUGGGUAAACUCGAAUCCAAUGAAGCCGAUCCCUUGAGUGAGAGCUACGAGCAGCAUGUUCUGGGAUCGGAAGUUCAACGCGCCCUGGGAAAGCGAGGACUAACUAAGGAUCGCAUCCUUCAAAUGCGAAGCCAAGCCACCGAGAAGUGCCUCCCUGUUGAGGGCCAAAAUCCUCUGGAUCCGAAAUACAGAUGUGAGCCCCUCAAGGCCCAUUGUUUCUUCGAUCUGGCAAAGGAUCCCUGCGAGCGGUACAAUUUAGCGCAACUUUAUCCCCGCCAACUGCAGGAACUAGCCCAAGAGGUGGAGCAAGUGCGUCGGACUGCGAUUCCCAGCGCCCGAGUGCCCAUCUCCGAUCCACGGGCUGAUCCGGCUUACCACAACGGAAAUUGGGAGUGGUGGAACAACACGGAAACGGGAUCAGGUUCCGAUAAAUGUUUAUUAAAUUCGUGGGUUGUGAUAGGAAGUUUUAUAGGCUUAGCAAUUAGGUAAUGUUUGUAGUUGUAGGAAAAAAUAGUUUAAUUUGUAAUAAAAACAAAUAAUUUUAAGCAUCAACUCUUUAUUUUUGCCCUAAAACUACAUUCAUUAAAUGAGCAGAAAUUCGCUUGUAUUGAGCCCCUGUUUUUGGUAUCACUGUUGAUAACAAAUUAUGUAAACAACUUUCGCCUUAAAGAUAAAAAACUGCACUAGACUGAGAUCAGUGACCUAUAUAUAUUUUCUAUAUUUUCCCCCUUACGAUAUUGUGAUUUAAGAUUGUUGAUAUGUUAAGCUUUUUAAUUUGUCAAAUAAACUUUGCCCGAAA